AUGACUAGGUGGGAAGCUGACUACUAUCUGAGCCCUACCUACGACCAAUUCCUGUUUGACGAAUAUCUGGAAAUGGUACUCCAAUUUGGAUUCGUGACAUUGUUUGUGGCGGCAUUCCCGUUAGCUCCACUGUUUGCUGUUCUUAACAAUAUUUUCGAGAUCAGGCUUGACGCUUACAAGUUCCUUAUUACAACCCAGAAGCCUGUACCUGCUCAAGCGAGGAACAUCGGUGUAUGGUUGAGAAUUCUGGACAUGAUUAGCAAAUCCACUGUUCUCAUAAAUGCACUUGUGAUAGCGUUCACAUCAGAUUUCAUCCCGAAAACUAUGUACUAUAUCGCGAAUAGUUCAAUGACUGGCUAUGUGAACUCGUCUCUUUCAUACUUUGAUGCCACUGAAUUUGAUAUGAAGUCGUCGCAGUUCAGUAAUGUCACCCAGUGCAGGUAUCGUGGGUAUCGACGAUCACCUUGUUCUAUAAUGUCAGUGAGGUCAACCGUAUAUGGACCAGAAGACUGUGAUGAUGGACUAGAAUACUCGUUGGUGUGGUGGAAAGUACUGGCCGCGCGGUUGUUGUUUGUCGUCAUUUUUGAGGUAAGACAUUCUGAAUAG